AACACGCAGCCACCUUGUGUCUUGGAACGUGCCUCAUGAACGGGGUGGAGCUCGCGCAUACGAUUUGAGCCAGUCUGCCACCCGUAGUUCGGAGAGUGGUUGUGCGGAAAGGUAGCAAGAUGGCGUCGGAGCCGGAUAAGAACGAAAUUUUAACAAUUUUCAAACGACUCAGAGCUAUUCAGACAAAUAAGUCCUGUUUUGAUUGUGCUGCUAAGAAUCCAAGUUGGGCCAGUAUAACCUAUGGCGUAUUCUUGUGUAUUGACUGCUCUGGGAUCCACCGCUCAUUGGGAGUGCAUCUCAGUUUUAUCAGAUCUACAGAGCUGGAUUCUAAUUGGAAUUGGUUUCAGUUGAGAUGUAUGCAGGUUGGAGGCAAUGCAAAUGCGGCUGCCUUUUUCCGGCAGCAUGGCUGCACAACUAAAGACACAAAUGCCAAGUACAACAGCAAAGCCGCACAUAUGUACCGUGAGAAGAUCAGGCAGCUAGCAAACACGGCACUCUCAAAGUAUGGAACUGAUCUAUGGAUUGACAGUCCAGGUGGUACACAAGUGCAAAGUCCUGGAAAUAAAGACAAAGACUUCUUUGCAGAACACACUCAGCCUUCCAGCAGCUGGGAUAUGGCCUCUACAUUAACAGAUCAGAAUUCCGCAGGGAGCCAGCUGGUUGCAGAAGAACUCCCAAAACAGGAAGAAAUCUUGAACAAUCAACCCGAACAAGGUCCCAGCAUUGAAGGGCUUAGCACAUCUCCCAAAGCAACAAUUGAAGUGAAGCCUUCGAUCAUUGGAAAGAAAAAGCCUGUUGCAGCAAAAAAAGGGCUGGGUGCUAAAAAAGGACUGGGUGCUCAGAAAGUAAGCAGCCAGAGCUUCAGCGAGAUAGAACGACAGGCACAGGUAGCAGAGAAGCUGAGAGAGCAGCAGGCCAGCGAGACCAAGAAGCAGGCUGAAGAGUCAAUUGUUGCUUCAAUGCGUCUAGCCUACCAGGAGCUACAGAUCGACAGGAAAAAGGAAGAUAAGAAAAUCCAGAGUUUGGAAGGAAAAAAAAGAGAACAGGCUGAGAGGCUUGGAAUGGGAUUUGGAACCAGAAGUGCGGUGUCUCAUUCGGUGCUGUCAGAGAUGCAAGUAAUUGAGCAGGAGACCCCAGUUGCAGCCAAGUCCACUCGCUCUAAGCUGGAUAUGUUUGAUGAACCAGGAUUUACAGCUGGACCUCCAAAGUAUAAGGAUAACCCGUUCUCUUCGGGGGAUGACUUUGGUUCACGAUGGGAUUCUGAUUCCACCUCCUCUUUCUCCUCUUGGGGUCUUGACAAGGAAGAGCCAAAGGAGGCUGAAGUCACUAUUUCUAGUAUUCAGCCAAUUGGGGAAAGGCUGCCAAGCAGACGAAAGCCAGAUGGCAAUGUUACCGUUGUGGAGUCAAGCGAGGCACGUCAAAAGUUUGCCAAUGCUAAAGCCAUCUCAUCUGACAUGUUCUUUGGGAGAGAGAGUGAUGCAGAGUACGAGGCAAAGACUCGUUUGGAGCGGUUAUCUGGAAAUUCUUCCAUUAGUUCUGCAGAUCUGUUUGGGGAUGGGAGCGAUGGGUCUUCUGCAGGGGCUUCAUCUUAUGAUAGCGUUCUUCCAACUGGCCCUGAUAUUGCCCAGUUUAAACAGGGUGUGAAGACAGUUGCAGGAAAAAUGGCAGUACUUGCUAAUGGGGUGAUGAAUACAAUUCAGGAUCGUUACAGCUCUUACUGAAAAAAUGAGACUUCAGAAUCUGAACAUACAGAAGAACCAGACACACUGUUCACUAGUUUUUUUUUUUCUUAGUAUUGUUUAAACCUGGCUGAUGGUUUGUUUUAAUAAAAAAAAAUAUAUAAAUUGACGGGGAAACAAUAGCUGCUGGUCAUAUGCUGAAAAAUUAUUUAUUAAAACAAAAUUCUUAAAGUAAUUUGAUCUCUGCGAACACCUUUUGUGUGUAAUUUACAAAAAUUGUAAAGAUGCCUAAAAUAUAACAUUGAGUUAAGACAAGUAUUUGUCCUAGGAUUGUUUUUGCCUCAAAAUACUGUGAUAACCCUCUCACUGCCCAAAUAAGGACUUGUGUUAUUGGUGAUAACUAUUUACAUUUCUACCAUAUUUAUCUGCAAUGAAAAUAGUGUUAAGGUUUUUGUUUUUAAAUCCUGAUGAUUUGAAAUGAGAUUCUAAAAAGGCUUUAUUUUUAAAUCAUGGUUCUUUUUAUAAUAUGGUUUGAAGUACUGUACAAUAGUGCUAUUUUGUUGCUGUACUAAUAAGAGGAAUAGUUUAGUACAGUAGUUAAAUAACCAUUGAGUGUAAAAGUUACAUAUCUUUUUUUAUUAAACUGUUUGGCAACUUUUAUCAAUAUUGAUUUAAGGAUAAUAUUGCAAACAACCUUAUUGUUUCAUUAAUUAAUUUAUAACAUGAACAACUGGUACAUAAUCAUAUAAAAAUAUAUAUUCUGGUUGGAACACCCAGGUCCAUUCUGAUUUAGUUUAACCUUUUUCUAUCCUGUAUACCCCUUCAGUUGCAGUUGGUUUAAUGUCUAUUCCAUGAUACAAAACUAGCCACCUCUUUUGUCAGUGCAGAAUUAACAGAAGGAUAAACCUGAAAUCCUUCAAACAAAAGCAAAGUUCACAACGACAGUCUAAUAAACCAACUAACGCUGCGGUGGCGAUCAGGAAAUGUCAAAUAUCUUGGAGUGUUGACAGGAGCAAAAUGCAGUCUAACUGGGCAGGAUUACAUUUUUAUUUCGCUGCUGAAAUUGAGGAACCCUCCUAUAUAACCUGUGAGUCCUGUUGAAGUAUUCAGUAAAACCUUUUAACCACUGCUUUUUAAAGAGAUACAAGUUACUUAAAGAACCUGCAAUGGAUUGCCAAAGAUGAGGCCGUAAUUCCUUUAAUAGGUUAAAAAUCAUACCUUUUUAAUGCUGUGCUAUUCACCAUGCUUGUACCAUGGCAUCCAAGAUAUAUGUACUAGCUUAAUGUUUCAUCUUUUAUGCCCUUAACAUUUUGGAACAGAAUAGUUAACUGUGGGUGUGUGCUUAAACACACACAAACAAAUCAGAUACAUGUAUACCCUGUUGAGUUUUUGUCAGGAACUUGAGCAUGUAUAAUGCCUUGGUUAAAAAGCAAUUUGUUUGUGUUAGUGUGUUAUAUCCUUCAUAGAAUACCUGAACAUUGGCAAAAAGUGUAAUAAACACCAGUACAAAACUGGAUACCCCUUUAUUCUCACAGUUUUGUAUUGGCUAUCAUGUCUCACCUGUUCCAUCAUAUAUAUGCAAUAUUUCAAUUGUUUGGGCUCCCAGUCCAGAAGGGCUAAACAAAUUUAAAGUGAUGCUUUUCUAUCACUUGUCAUUUGUAAGUAUUCAAAAGUGUUAACAGGAAGCAAGUUCUGGCUUUGAAAAACCAAGCAUGUCUUUUUUUGAGUGUUUUCCCAGUUACACAAGUUAAAUAGUAAAAACCCUCUGAGUGGAACAGCUGAGGGUGCCAAAUGAAAUGCUGAGGACUUUAUGAAGCCAUUCGACUGCCUGAUGUCAUUUAACAAUUGUACUGGCAGUGUCAAGUGUUGUUGUAGUAGUAACUCGAAGUACAAUCUGAUGAGAGAUUUCAGUUGUUUAUUAGCAAUAGUAGAAUAUUCUUUAUAUAUAUAUAUAUAUAUAUAUAUAUAAUAUAUAUAUAUAUAUAUUCCUUGUCCUAAACAUCAUCUACAUUUUGUUUUUAAUUAAAAUAUAGGCUUCCAUUCUUUCUUGCCAAGGACUGGAGAGGUUUAAAUGUGUUAAUAUAUUUGCCACUUUGCAAAGAUAACUUCCUUCCUCGGGGAUGAUACAUAACUAUGUUUUAGCCCUACUUUGUAGUGAUGGUUAUAUUGCCCUGCCUGACACUGACCCAGUGUGAUUUUGAAAAAAGGUUUUCUCCCAAACAAAUACAUUUAUUAUAGGUGGCAUGUACAAACCAUUGCUUAAAGUGUCAAUAAAAAUGUAAAUCUGUUCCAA